AUGGCGGCUCCGUUCCAGUCUAAGGCAACCUUCCUGGAAUGGGCCAAGGCCUCCGAAGCGCCUGAAGGACAUACUCGAAUUGGCGACGCCAGAUGGUCAAACAAAGAUCUUGAACCGACACCGCCAGAACAAAGAACAUGGACAUGGUACAAUUUGCCAUUGUACUGGUUCUCCAACAUGUUUGGAACAACCGGGUGGAACGUCGCAUCUUCGCUGAUUGCAGUGGGCUUGACCUGGCAACAAGCUCUCGUCUCAUGUAUUCUGGGCGCACUCAUCUCCGCCAUUAUCGUGACCCGUAUGGCGAGACCUGGUGCCAUGUACCAUGUUGGAUAUCCCGUCCUUGCGCGGUCAGUAAUGGGAAUGUACGGCUCAUACUUUUUCGUCUUCAUCCGAGCCAUUGUCUGCAUCAUCUGGUACGGAAUCCAGACAUACUACGGUGCAAACCUGCUGUCUGUGUGCUUCCGUUGCAUCUUUGGGAACAGCUGGCACAACUGGGCCAACGCACUUCCCGCUGGCGCCGACGUGACCUCGAAGCAACUACUAGCCUUUUUCCUUCUUUGGAUGAUUGAGUUCCCAUUUACUUGGGUACAUCCAACUCAUAUCCAUUACAUUUUCACCGUCAAGGGCUUCGUCAUGCCAUUUGCCUGCUUCGGUUUGUUCGGUUGGUGCAUGGCCCACGGAACAGGCAUCUCGAACAUUAACGCGGCCUCAGCGGCUGGAGCAGAAGCCGCCGCAAAGACGCCCGUUGGAUGGGCGAUCAUGGGCGGCAUCAACGUCAUCAUGGGAUCUUUGUCGCCCAUGCUGGUCAACCAGCCUGAUCUCGCGCGCUACUGCAAGAAGCCUCAAGAUGCCGGUUGGCUUCAGGGGGCAUGUGUCUUCUUUGCCAAUAUCCUCGUCUUUUUCCUUGGGCUGGCGUCGACAACCUCCCUCCAGGGGGCCUGGGGCAAGCCUUACUGGAACCUUUGGGACAUGUUGAAUGCCAUCCUCGACCACUAUUGGACUCCCGCAGGCCGCUGUGGUGUCUUCUUCGUGGCUUUCUGUUUCAUCCUCAGUGUGUUGGCGACGAACUUUGGUGCGAACUCGCUUCCUUUCGGCGCUGACAUGACUGGUUUGUUCCCCAAGUAUUUGACAAUCCGCCGAGGCCAAAUCGUCUGUGCCAUCCUUGGUAUCAUUGUGUUGCCGUGGAAGCUGAUCGCCAACGCUUCUGCGUUUUUGUCUUUCUUGGGGAGUUACAACAUCUUCAUGGCCCCGCUUUGCGCUAUCAUCGUAUCCGAUUACGUCGUUGCCCGCAAAGGCAACAUUCACGUGCCUUCGUUGUACAACGGCUCAAAGGAUGGCCUGUACUGGUUCAAAGGUGGUGUUAACUGGGUGGGCGUAUUCGCCUGGAUUGGGGGUACGGUGAUGGGUUUGCCCGGUCUCGUCGGACAGUACCAGCCUCAGAUCGUCAGUCAGCCCGCCAAGUACAUGUACAUGAUGGGUUGGCCAUUGACGUUCUUUUCAUCGGGUAUCAUUUAUAUAGUUCUUAUCCAGUUCUUCAAGCCCAGGGUUUACCCCUCCGGGUUUGAGAGCGCGCCGAUGGAGUACGAGUGGCUGGCUAAAGAAGGGCGAGACGGAUUCUUUGAGACUGAGAGAGAAGGAGAGAUCUAUGCGCCGCCGUCUCCCCAGGUCACGAGCGGCGAGGAGUUGCAUUUGGGGGAGAAGGCGCAGAAGAUGGAAGCUUGA